AUGAUCAUGCUUAUGCUAUCGAGUGGAAAGGGGCUGGCGGAGACGGUGUUUCUACACGGGGACCCUCAAGGUAGGCCUUAUCGCACGCAGGACUUCGCCGAAGCGCUUGAGGAAACUGUCGGCAUGAAGCACGUGGUUGGACUGGGAGCUUUCCAGUUAAACCACGUGUGGGUCUGCACGCUGGACUCUACUGACAAUAAGGAACGCCUCGUCGCUCUGAAGGAGAUUACGGUGAAAGGAAAACGAUGCAUUGUCAUUGACCCCUACUUAAAAGAAGCCGUAAUACGAGUCAACUGGCUCCCCACGUUCGUAACCGAUGAAGAGGUGUGCAAGGCCCUGGUGGAAUAUAAAAACGUGACGAAAAUUUGCAGAGAAAAAUGGAAGUCUCCAAGUGGAAAACACGAAGUCGAAACGUCGACAAGGUUUGUCACAGUCACGAUGAAGGAGGGAAAAGGAAAGGAAGACCUACCACAUCAGUGGAAAGUGGCUGGGUAUCCUGUCCUUUUAUAUGUCCCAGGCCGACCGCCGAUGUGUCUCCGCUGCGGCCAACUGGGGCACAUGCGAAGGCAAUGCCGGGCGUCCUGGUGCCGUCAUUGCAGAAGUUACGGCCACUUGGAAUCGGAGUGUGUGCCCACGUACGCCGCCAAGAACAAGUGCCAGGCGAGCAUGCCGCUAGAAAGCGACCUCCUGGAUGAGGGGGAUGUACUGGAAGCGGAUCGAACGACACGGACGAGGCGGGACAGGCGGAUGCACCCGUCUCUAACCAAACGGAGGCGGCAACACCCAAAAGAAAGCAGUGAAGAGGGAUCGGAGCCCGUAGAGGAAGAACAGGCCAUGGACGUUGCACGCGCCCCAAAGGACGCAGCCCCACCGCAGCGGCUGACCAACCCGCCAGCGCUGGCAGCCGCGCCGGGGAAAACACGCCCACCAGAACAAGGGGCAAGCUCCAAGGGGACAAGCAAGGUCACACGCCAAAGUGCGCGGCAAAAGCCGAAAACGGCCGAGCAGUUUCCCCCGCUAGAUGCACAUCCCGGGGGAAGGGGUGAAUCAUCGGAGAACGCCGUCCCCCUGCACGGGGAUUACGAGAGCAUCCCGGGAGCCGUUUCAGCGCGCCCUUGA